AUGGCAAGUUACUUUAACAUAAACGAAUUCAGUGUAGAACAACUUUUGGCUCUCAAUAGUAUCAUAGACAGUGAUGAGGAUAUGGAUGCAAGAGUAGAAGACAUCUUGGAGGAUAGAAACUACAGGAUUGCUCCUGAUGAUAAGGGUGAGAGUCCAUUCCAAGGAGAAAGACAAUUCGUAGAUGAAUACGAUCGUGAUAUGGAAACAAAGAAACCAAGACGUAUUCCUAAAAACUACAAGGGUAAAAGAGGAAUUAUGCCAACAUGGAAGUACUCUGACAGACAAAAAGCUAAGGCGCUACUUGUAGAGGAAGCAUACCAGAGUUUACUGUCUAAGGGAGUUCAAGGACUUCCACCAACAAUGGGAGGUAGAUGGCGUACAGAUAAUGUUCUUGUUAAUGAGGAAAUUAAGAGAAUCGAAAACGAAAGGAAUCCUAAGGUAAAGCGUCCCAAAGGUAGACCACCAAAGGCAAAGGUUGACGCUGAAGUGAAGGUGCCAAAAAAGAGAGGUAGACCACCAAAGGUAAAGGUUGAUGCUAAGGUCAGGAAGCAAACUGUAGCAGAAAGAUUCUUGAAGCAAAGGAAGUUAAAACUCUCAGUGCCUGCAGAUAGUGUUAUAACUCCAACAGGUCCAGGUAAGUUUACAAUUCGCGUGGAUCUUAAUAAGAGACCUGUGAGGAAAGCUCCUGAGGUGCCUAAGGGUGUAGCUCCAUGGAGACCGAUACCUAAGCCUAGAACGGUACUUCCCAGGGAAAGACCUGUACCGAAACCUAGAACUAAGCUUCUUAAGAAAAAACCUGUACCGAAACCUAGGAAUAGGAAACCAGUGUCUCCUCCCAAAGUCCGUAAGCCUGUAAGAGUGUCGAGGGAAGUUAAGGAGCAGCCUAUAGUGGUUACACCAGAGGAACACGAAAUAGAUCCAUUCGGAACAGACCUUGAAAAGCCAUUCCACAGGAAAAUUGAAACAGCCGCAAAUGGAGCCGCCGUGACUUACUCGAUAACUCCUCAUUAUAUGGACCCCCUGGAACAGAUGACUGCAAGUAGACAGGUAGUGAGAGGAAUACUUGUGAAUGAGUUGAAGAGAAUGGGUGGGUUGAAGUACACAGAGACUAUAAAGGUAAGAAUGUCAAAGGAAAUUGGUGACGGGAAAACCAAGAAGGACUCAAUAUACUUCAAAUCUAAGACUGGUACUGCAACUAACUUCGAGGACAUUGAAAGUACUGCUGCUCAAAACCAACUGACGAUAUUGUCCAGAAUUGAAACCGGAAAAAUAGAUGUUGAAAAGGUUACUGAAGAAAAAAUAGAACCUAGCUGUGUACCAGUAAGAGUGGAAGAAAAAAGUGAGGAGUACUACCCCAGAUUACCAUUUAAGGUUGUGGUGCCUGCUAAAAGGUGGAAGUUCAAAAAACUGCAGCCGUUAAGAAUGCUUGUGCCUGAUAUUAAUCACAUAAGGAACAACCUGGAUAUACUACCUCCAGAAUCAAAGCAAAACUUGAAAAUGUUAAUAAAACUAAAAAUGCAGGCGUUAGGUUUGGCGCUUAAGAAGUAGCUUCUAAAAUGGGUAUUGUGGAGGUUGUAUAAGGUACUAAUCAGUGCUUUAAAAUUAGGAUCUAACAAUUUUAUGGAAAGGAUGUGUGUACCCCGACCCCAAAGAGAGAAUAAAAGUUGUCGAAGAGGCUUUGGAAUAG